AUGAUCCGCUGCUGCAUCGCGAGCUCCGGGUUAUUAUUAGACAGUGACGUCAGCGGAGGGCGCGUUUCUGUCUCCGCCGAACAUCACAUCCCUCCUUCUCCCACAUGGAGCGGACCCGCGCAGCGACACGUGACCCGGGAGCCCCGGGCUGACGGAGCGCCUCACACCGCAUCAUGGCUGCGGAGGAUGCGGCCGCGCGGUACCGAGCCGGAGCCCCGCGGCUCCCGGCGGCCCGGCUGCUGCUGCUCGGCCUGGCCGCCUCGCUGCUCCCGGCCCCGGCGCUCGGGCUGCUCGGGUUCCGGCCGGAGGAGACCGGGCCGGAGCUGUCCGUGGAGGACGGGGUGCUGAAAGCCACCGAGGGCACGCGCUUCAUGCUGCGGGUUUACUACUCCACCUCCCCGCAGAGGCUCAACCGCACCGCGGCGACCCGCACCAACAACGCCGCGCCGUGGAUCGCCUUCAUCGAGGAGCCGAGUCCCGGACGAGAGGGACAAGUUCACCCGAAGCGGAACAUGUGCAUGGACAAGGACGCCAGGACGUCCGACAUCGAGGUUCUGGGCUCCUUCAAGUCCGCUUCAAGCCAGAACUCGGUGCUGGUGGAGCUGCUGGCCAAACACCUGCGGAAGGGGGAGAAGAUGAAGUUCUACUCGAUGUGCGCUUUCGACGGGUCCAAGUGGGAGCACUACCGGACGCGGGACUUCUGGGUGGCAGUGGUGGAGCGCUCCGCGGAACCGGAGCUGUGGCUCCAGGUGCUGGUGUCGGUCCUGCUGCUCGGGCUGUCCGCCUUGUUCAGCGGGUUGAACCUGAGCCUGUUGGCGCUGGACCCGGUGGAGCUGCAGGUUCUGCAGAACAGCGGCACCGACAAGGAGCAGAAUUACGCGCGGAAGAUCGAGUCUGUGCGUCGGCACGGGAACUACGUGCUCUGCACUCUGCUGCUGGGGAACGCGAUCAUCAACGCCUCGCUGGCCGUGUGGAUGUGUCAGAUCCUGGGCAUGACCUGGCUCUCCACGGUCAUCUGCGCCUUCGGCAUCUUCUUCAUCGGGGAGAUCCUCCCACACUCGGUGGCGUCGCGCCACGGCCUCGCCAUCGCCUCCAAAACCAUCUGGGUGACGCGGCUGCUGAUGGUGCUCUCCUUCCCCAUCUCCUACCCCAUCAGCAAACUGCUGGACCUCAUCCUCAACCAGGAGAUCUCCAACUUCUACACCAGGGAGAAGCUCCUGGAGAUGCUGCGCGUCUCGGACCCGUACCACGACCUGGUCAAGGAGGAGCUCAACAUCAUCCAGGGCGCGCUGGAGCUGCGCACCAAGACCGUGGAGGACGUCCUGACGCCGCUCACCGACUGCUUCAUGCUGGCCUCGGACGCGGUGCUGGACUUCAACACCAUGUCGGAGAUCAUGCAGAGCGGCUACACGAGGAUCCCGGUGUUCGAGAACGAGCGCUCUAACAUCCUGGACAUCCUGUUCGUCAAGGACCUGGCGUUCGUGGACCCGGACGACUGCACCCCCCUGAAGACCGUCACCCAGUUCUACAAGCUCCCGCUGCACUGCGUCUUCAACGACACCAAGCUGGACACCAUGCUGGAGGAGUUCAAGAAAGGAAAGUCCCACCUGGCCGUGGUGCAGCGAGUGAACAACGAGGGGGAAGGAGAUCCCUUCUACGAGGUGAUGGGCAUCGUGACCCUGGAGGACGUCAUCGAGGAAAUCAUCAAGUCCGAGAUCCUGGACGAGACCGACCUCUACACUGACAAUCGCACAAAGCGCCGUGUGUCUCACCACGAGCGGAAGCAGCAGGACUUCUCCAUCUUCAAACUGUCGGAGAACGAGAUGAAGGUGAAGAUCUCUCCUCAGCUUCUCCUGGCGACGCAUCGGUUCCUCUCCACAGAGGUGGAGCCCUUCAAGCCGUCUCACAUCUCAGAGAAGAUCCUGCUGAGGCUGAUCAAACACCCCAGCGUGGUGCAGGAGCUGAAGUUCGACGAGAAGAACAAGCGAGCGCCGCAGCACUUCCUGUUCCAGCGCAACAAGCCGGUGGACUACUUCCUCCUGGUGCUGCAGGGUCGCGUGGAGGUGGAGUUCGGGAAGGAGGCGCUCAGGUUUGAGAACGGGGCCUUCUCUUACUUUGGGGUUCCCGCCAUCAUGCCAGCAGUGCACAGAUCCCCCUCUCGCAGCAGUGGGCUGGACCGCUCCGAGUCCAUGCUGUACGGGGGGAGCAUGGGGCAGCUGAACGGAGGGGGGGGGAACGUCUACCUGCCAGACUACUCGGUCCGGCAGCUCACACACCUCCAGAUCCUCAAGAUCACCAGGAGCCAUUACCAGAACGCCCUGACCGCCACCAGGAUGGACAGCUCCCCUCAGACCCCGGACGCCGACGCCCGGCCCACAGAGGAACACCCCCCGACUCCAGAGCCUCCUCCGACCACGACGGAGUACGGCUCCACCCUGAUGCCCCCGACCGUCACCCUCAUGCCUCCGCCCCGGGAGCACUGCCGGCCCAGCUUGGCCAGAACCCACGGGCUGCCCCCCGGCCUCCUGCACAGCACGUCACUGCAGAACGAGAAGAACCGCAUCGUCCGGAGUAAAUCUGACGGGCAGAAGAGUCCGAGUGACUCGGUGUUCCUCAGGAUGGACGAGAUCCCGUACAUCCGAGAGGACCGAGCGGAGAGCGACACACAACCAGUUCCCAUAGAGACGGACACAUCUCCUUUCAUCAGCAGCAGCUUGUCGCUGAGCGGCUCAGAGGAAACACUGGGCAAGAAGCUCCUGCUCAAACUCAGCCACAGGAAGAGGAAGAAGUCUCGUGAAGGAGAGAAGACGCCGGAGGACAAUUCAGAGCAGCCGCUGGUGAGAACCUAGCAGAGCGAGUGACUCUCCAUCAUCUGACGGUUCUUUAAGUUGUUUGUAAAGACGAUGAAGACUAUCAGAGUUUUAUCUGAGAACCCCCCCCCCCCCCCUGGACUCUAAUAGACAGGUGCAGCUUCUGUAUGCAUUGAACUGGAGCCCCCCCCGCCUGCAGGUCUGGAUGCUUGAAUGUAAACGAUUUAUAGAAACAAGUUGGAUUUUGAUAUUUCAUACGUCCUCAUCACACGUGACAUCUUCUCCAGUGGAGCUGAAGGAAUCGAACAGGAACCAGAUGGACGACACCAAAGACGUUGUGGUUUUGUACGUACUGGUCCUGAACCAGGGGAAAUCCAGAGGAACCUCAACAAGUGAAAUAAACCUGCUUCUGUGUUGGUGCUUUUUGUUUCUGAUGAGAUUCAAAUACAAUUUGUAUAAACAGUCAUUUCUUCCCCUACCUCUUAUUUAUUGACGAAGAAGGGUUUCUAGGUAGAUCCAGACUCAGAGGCUGGUGAAAUCUUUCCACAGAAUCAACUUUAGAAUCAAGGAAAUCUUUAAAUCCGACAGAAAUAUCAUUUAAACCCAAUCGUCCAAUGGGUGGAUCCCUCUGCAGCCGACCAAUCCGGACUCACUGCCCUUUGGUGACGACCCCUUUUUUAAAUUUGAGAUUCUGAUGUUUCAUUUCAACAGAUCAGUGAAUCGUACACACGUUAAACCACCAGGGGGCGUCUGACUCUCUCGUAGUUUAGUGCAGCUCUGUCACUGGGCGGGACCGUGUCCUCUGAGGGACGUGUCCCCUGGAUUGUGUCCAGAUGUCAAAGACAACUAGUGACUGAUUGUCCACCUUCUUAUUUGAUCUGAUUGGAUUUGUUCAUUUGUUUUUUAAGUUUUAUCUUUCUAUCUAAUUCUGUUUCUUUUGCUCAAACACACACACACACUUUCUUUUUCCAGAGACGUCUCUUGCUGACUCUCCUCCUCGUUUCUUUAUUCUGAUCUCUUGUAUUAUUUUUUACGAUUAUUUCAAAUACAUUUUUAUACUCUGCAAAAAUGUUUUUGUUUCCUUUCAGACCUAAAGGUAAUAUCAGACUGGAGCUCAGGCUUUCUGGUUUUCAUCUCAUGGAACUGGUUUCAGAUCCCUGAACCUUCUUAAUUAUUAAUCAUCACCAGCUGAACCUCUUUUUUUAUUGGAUCCUUUCAAUUAAACGUGAUUGUUGUUCUUUUCUUUAUUGGAGCAAACACAGGUUCUGGCUGAAGGACUGAUCCGGUUCAGAUGUCUUAAAGGAGCAAGACGUUAGUGGGUUUAUUCAACAUAUUCACACGGCGGCCAUUUAAAUACAGUCUUAAAUAAAUGGGUCCAACAUGUGCUCUGAUUUUUCAGAUUCAAAAUCUGACCCCACCCAACAGAAUGAAUUCCAUUCGGGCUGCAGGGGGCGCUGUUGUUCAGUCACUGCUACAUUGUGAUGCUUUAAAGAUCGGACAUUGAAGCCUGAUGUGUCCAAAACCCUGAUAACCCUCUGGACACUGUGUUUUCUGUGCUGCCCCCUGGUGGCCUGGAAUUUGAGUGCACCCUGAGCCUUGACUGUUGCAACACAUAAGGGCAACACAACCUCUGCAGAAGUUGUUGUAUUUAAAUUUGACCAAACUUAAUAACUCAAUACUGAAAACUGGUGAUGAGGAUGUUUCUCCAGAUUCUGAACCCACAAAUUGAACAUGAACAUUGAGAGCCACUCCCCUGACAGAUGGAUCCUGCACUGAGCUCCACACCCUGAUCCUUACUCAAUUCAAACUUUACCCUGUAAUAAUUUGUAGAAUAUUGUACAUUAUUGAGAGGACGUAAGUUGCACUGGAUGUAUAUUUUUCAAGAGGAAAAACAAGUUUAUAUCCUGCUGCUCGUCAUAUUAUUUAUAUCAUUCAUACGUGUAAAUUAAAAGUUAUGGAGCUCUA